GGGAGGAGGCGGCGGCGGCGGCUGCUGCUGUUAAUGAACAAUGUGUGAGAGCUGCGCCGAGCUGCUGGAGGUGUUAAAUGAGAUAUCUGACAUCGAAGGUGGUGAUGGAUUGCAGCUCCGAAAGGAACAUGCACUCAAGAUAUUUGCUUAUAUCAACUCCUGGACGCAAAGACAAUGUCUGUGCUGCUUCAAGGAGUAUAAGCAUUUGGAGAUCUUUAACCAAGUAGUAUGUGCGCUUAUUAACUUAGUGAUUGCCCAAGUUCAAGCUCUACGGGACCAGCUCUGUAAACAUUGCACUAUUAACAUAGAUUCAACAUGGCAAGAUCAGAAUAAUCAAGCCAAUGAGCCACUGAAUGUAGAAAGAGAGUCUCAUGAAGAAGAAAAUGGAGAACGACAAAAAUGCAUAGAGAAAAAGUUAGACUCCGCAAGAACUUGUAUCCUGACAGAGGAAGAAUCUGCAAAGAGCACUGAUGCUUUUAGCUUAUGGAGCACUGAUGAGAAGGAAAAACUGUUGCUGUGUGUGGCAAAAAUCUUUCAGAUUCAGUUUCCUCUGUAUACUGCUUACAAGCAUAAUACUCAUCCCACAAUAGAGGAUAUUUCUGCCCAAGAAAGCAAUAUAUUAGGGGCGUUCUGUGAUAUGAAUGAUGUAGAAGUACCAUUGCACUUGCUUCGUUAUGUUUGUCUAUUUUGUGGAAAAAAUGGCCUUUCCCUCAUGAAGGAUUGUUUUGAACAUGGAACCCCUGAUACAUUGCCAUUUCUUAUAGCACAUGCAUUUAUCACAGUGGUAUCUAAUAUCAGGAUAUGGCUACACAUCCCUGCUGUCAUGCAGCACAUUAUACCGUUUAGGACCUAUGUUAUCAGGUAUUUAUGUAAACUGUCAGACCAAGAGUUGCGACAGAGUGCAGCCCGGAACAUGGCAGAUUUAAUGUGGAGUACAGUUAAAGAGCCAUUGGAUACAGCCUUGUGUUUUGAUAAAGAAAGUCUUGAUCUUGCGUUUAAGUACUUUAUGUCUCCAACUUUAACAAUGAGGUUGGCUGGACUGAGUCAAAUAACAAAUCAACUUCACACCUUUAAUGAUGUGUGUAAUAAUGAAUCAUUGGUUUCAGACACAGAAACGUCCAUUGCAAAAGAGCUUGCAGACUGGCUUAUCAGCAACAAUGUGGUUGAGCAUAUUUUUGGACCAAAUUUACAUAUUGAGAUCAUCAAACAGUGCCAAGUGAUUCUCAAUUUUCUUGCAGCUGAAGGGCGACUUAGUACUCAGCACAUAGACUGCAUUUGGGCAGCGGCGCAGCUGAAACAUUGUAGUCGCUAUAUACAUGAUCUGUUUCCUUCAUUAAUCAAGAACUUGGACCCUGUCCCGCUUAGACAUCUUCUUAAUCUAGUCUCAACUCUUCAUCCAAGUGCUCAUACUGAACAGACCUUAUAUUUGGCAUCAAUGCUUAUAAAAGCACUGUGGAAUAAUGCACUAGCAGCUAAGGCCCAGUUAUCAAAACAGAGUUCAUUUGCAUCUUUACUCAGUACUAAUCUACCCAUGGGAAAUAAGAAAGAGGAAGAAGAGCUCAGAAGGGCAGCCCCAUCGCCUUGGUCACCUGCAGCUAGUCCUCAAAGUAGUGACAACAGUGACACGCAUCAGAGUGGAGGCAGUGACAUUGAAAUGGAGGAGCAGAUAAUCAACAGAAACAAACACGUGCAACAACGACUUUCAGAUACAGAGGAGUCCAUGCAAGGAAGUUCUGAUGAGACAGCAAACAGUGGUGAGGAUGGCAGCAGUGGUCCUGGUAGCAGCAGUGGCCACAGUGAUGGAUCCAGUAAUGAGGCCAAUUCCAGUCAUGCAAGCCAGUCUGCAGGAAGUCCAGGGAGUGAGGUGCAAUCAGAAGAUAUUGCAGAUAUUGAAGCUCUCAAAGAAGAAGAUGAGGAAGAGGAGGAAGAUAGGGGUCAUAAUCCUCAGAAAAACAGUAGGAGCACAGAGCUACUAAGCAGGAAGAUAGAAUCACAAGCAGGCAUUUGUUUAGGAGAUUCACAAGGGGCAGCAGAUAGGAGUGGUGCAAGCAAUGGGUCAGGAAAGGACCAUGUUUUUAACACUGAGUCUGUGCCUCCAGUGGAUAGUCGAAUUAGAAUGCUAGAUGCCUGUUCACACACUGAAGAUGCAGAACAUGAUAUGACAGGGGAAAUGAAUCCAGCUCACAUAUCACAAGGGUCUCAGGAUUCUUGUAUAACACAUACAGGGGACUUCCUUGGGGAAACCAUUGGAAAUGAAUUAUUUAACUGUCGGCAGUUUAUUGGGCCACAGCAUCACCACCACCACCACCACCACCACCAUCACCAUCAUGAUGGACACAUGGUUGACGAUAUGCUAAGUGCAGAUGAUGUCAGUUGUAGUAGUUCCCAGGUCAGUGCAAAAUCUGAAAAAAAUAUGGCUGAUUUUGAUGGUGAAGAGUCUGGUUGUGAAGAAGAACUUGUACAGAUUAAUUCACAUGCUGAGCUAACAUCUCAUCUUCAACAGCACCUUCCUAACCUUGCUUCUAUCUACCAUGAACACCUUAGUCAAGGGCCAGCAGUCCAUAAACACCAGUACAACAGCAACGCAGUGACGGAUAUUAACUUGGAUAAUGUUUGUAAGAAGGGAAAUACUCUUUUGUGGGAUCUGGUCCAGGAUGAAGAUGCAAUUCAUCUCUCUGAGGGAUUAAUAAAUGAAGCAGAGAAGCUGCUCUGUUCCUUAGUGUGCUGGUUUACUGAUAGGCAGAUCCGAAUGAGAUUCAUCGAAGGCUGCCUGGAAAACUUAGCAAAUAACAGAUCUGUAGUAGUUUCACUUCGUCUUCUUCCAAAGUUAUUUGGUACAUUUCAGCAAUUUGGGAGCAGUUAUGAUACACAUUGGAUAACAAUGUGGGCAGAAAAAGAACUUAACAUGAUGAAACUCUUCUUUGAUAAUUUGAUACACUACAUUCAAGCAGUAAGGGAAGGACGACAUAAACAUGCAUUGUACAGCCACAGUGCAGAAGUUCAAGUGCGUCUUCAGUUUUUGACAUGUGUUUUUUCAACUCUUGGAUCACCAGAUCAUUUCAGAUUGAGUUUAGAACAAGUGGACAUUUUAUGGCAUUGUUUAGUAGAAGAUUCUGAGUGCUAUGAUGAUGCAUUACACUGGUUCUUAAAUCAAGUACGAAGUAAAGAUCAGCAUGCUAUGGGAAUGGAAACCUACAAGCAUCUUUUCUUAGAAAAGAUGCCACAGCUAAAACCUGAAACUAUUAGUAUGACUGGUCUAAACCUGUUUCAACAUUUAUGCAACUUGGCCCGAUUGGCUACCAGUGCAUAUGAUGGUGGCUCAAACUCAGAGUUGUGUGGUAUGGACCAAUUCUGGGGCAUUGCUUUAAGAGCACAGUCUGGUGAUGUCAGUCGAGCAGCUAUCCAGUAUAUCAAUUCUUAUUAUAUUAAUGGUAAAACAGGUCUGGAAAAAGAACAAGAAUUUAUUAGCAAGUGUAUGGAGAGCCUUAUGAUCGCUUCCAGUAAUCUUGAGCAAGACUCCCACUCAAGUCUCACCAUAAUUGAAAGAGGACUUUUAAUGCUAAAGACACACCUUGAAGCUUUUAGGAGAAGGUUUGCGUAUCAUCUGAGACAGUGGCAGAUUGAAGGCACUGGUAUCAGCAGUCACUUAAAGGCACUUAGUGAUAAACAGUCAUUACCACUAAGAAUUGUAUGUCAGCCAGCUGGACUUCCUGACAAGAUGACUAUAGAAAUGUAUCCUAGUGAUCAAGUGGCAGAUCUAAGGGCUGAGGUUACCCAUUGGUAUGAAAAUUUGCAAAAAGAGCAGAUAAACCAGCAAGCUCAGCUUCAGGAGUUUGGCCAAAGCAGCCGGAAAGGAGAUUUCCCUGGUGGUCUCAUGGGACCUGUGAGAAUGAUUUCAUCUGGGCACGAACUAACAACUGAUUAUGAUGAAAAAACACUUCAUGAAUUGGGCUUUAAGGAUAUGCAGAUGGUUUUUGUAUCCUUGGGUGCACCACGGAGGGAGCGAAAAGGUGAAGGUGUUCAGCUUCCAGCAUCUUGCCUACCUCCUCCUCAGAAGGACAACAUUCCAAUGCUUUUACUUUUGCAAGAACCUCAUCUUACCACCCUUUUUGAUUUGUUAGAGAUGCUUGCAUCUUUUAAACCUCCUUCUGGUGAAAUGGCUAUGGAAGAUAGUGAGAGUGCAAGAUGUGAAGAACUCCACCUUCAUGCAGAAAACCUGUCCAGGCGUGUCUGGGAACUGUUAAUGCUUCUACCUACAUGUCCUAACAUGUUACAGGCAUUCCAAAGUAUUUCAGAUGAACAGGGUAAUGAUGGAUUUAGUUGGAAGGAUCUCCUGCGAAUAAAAAGUGCCCAUAAACUUUUGUAUGCACUUGAAAUCAUUGAAGCUUUGGGCAAGCCUAACAGAAGAAUAAGGCGAGAGUCUACGGGAAGUUAUAGUGACCUUUAUCCAGACUCUGAUGAUUCGAGUGAAGAUCAAAUAGAAAAUAGUAAAAACACCUGGAGCUGCAAGUUUGUUGCUGCUGGAGGGCUUCAACAAUUGUUAGAAAUUUUUAAUUCGGGAAUUCUAGAGCCUAAAGAGCAGGAACCAUGGACUGUGUGGCAGCUAGACUGUCUUGCUUGCUUGCUGAAGUUGAUAUGCCAGUUUGCAGUAGAUCCCUCAGAUUUGGAUUUAGCUUAUCAUGAUGUCUUUGCCUGGUCUGGUGUAGCAGAGAGUCACAGGAAAAGAACUUGGCCAGGCAAAUCGAGGAAGACUGCAGGAGAUCAUGUAAAGGGCCUUCAUAUACCUCGUCUCACAGAGGUAUUCCUUGUACUUGUCCAGGGAACAAGUUUGAUUCAGCGACUUAUGUCAGUUGCUUAUACGUAUGACAACUUGGCACCUAGGGUGUUGAAAGCUCAGUCUGAUCACAGAUCAAGACAUGAAGUUACUCAUUAUUCAAUGUGGCUCUUGGUGAGUUGGGCCCACUGCUGUUCUUUGGUGAAAUCCAGCCUGGCAGAUAGUGAUCAUUUACAAGAUUGGCUAAAGAAACUUACCCUUCUUAUUCCAGAGACUGCAGUUCGCCAUGAGUCCUGUAAUGGUCUGUACAAAUUAUCUCUCUGUGGUUUGGAUGGGGGAGACUCAAUUAAUCGAUCCUUUCUGCUACUGGCCUCAUCAACAUUAUUAAAAUUUCUUCCUGAUGCUCAGGCAUUGAAACCUAUCCGGAUAGAGGAUUAUGAAGAGGAACCAGUGUUACGAUCUGGUUGUAAGGAAUAUUUUUGGUUGCUAUGCAAACUGAUUGAUAACAUACAUGUAAAAGAUGCCAGUCAGACAACACUGCUUGAUUUAGAUGCCCUAGCAAGACACCUCGCUGACUGCAUUCGAAGCAGAGAAAUCCUUGAUCAUCAAGAUGGUAACAUAGAAGAUGAUGGUCUUACAGGACUCCUGCGGCUUGCAACAAGUGUUAUUAAACACAAACCACCUUUUAAAUUUUCCCGGGAAGGACAGGAGUUUCUAAGAGACAUCUUCAAUCUUCUGUUUUUGCUGCCAAGUCUAAAAGAUAGACAACAGCCAAAAUGCAAGUCACAUUCUUCAAGGGCUGCUGCUUACGACUUGUUGGUAGAAAUGGUAAAGGGGUCUGUAGAAAACUACAGGCUGCUCCACAACUGGGUUAUGGCACAACAUAUGCAGUCUUCCCAUGCACCUUACAAAUGGGAUUAUUGGCCACAUGAUGAUGUUCGAGCUGAAUGCAGAUUUGUUGGUCUAACUAAUCUUGGAGCAACUUGUUACUUGGCAUCCACUAUUCAGCAGCUGUAUAUGAUACCAGAGGCUAGACAAGCCAUUUUUACUGCUAAGUAUUCAGAGGACAUGAAGCACAAGACCACUCUACUAGAACUUCAGAAAAUGUUUACAUAUUUAAUGGAAAGUGAAUGCAAGGCAUACAAUCCAAGGCCUUUCUGUAAAACCUACACCAUGGAUAAGCAACCACUUAACACUGGAGAGCAAAAAGACAUGACAGAAUUCUUCACUGAUCUGAUAACAAAAAUUGAGGAAAUGUCUCCAGAAUUGAAAAAUACAGUAAAAAGUUUAUUUGGAGGGGUCAUUACAAACAAUGUUGUUUCUUUGGACUGUGAGCAUGUCAGUCAGACUGCUGAAGAGUUCUAUACAGUGAGGUGCCAGGUGGCGGAUAUGAAGAAUAUUUAUGAAUCUCUUGAUGAAGUAACUAUUAAAGAUACCUUGGAGGGUGACAACAUGUAUACCUGCUCUCACUGUGGGAAGAAAGUGCGGGCUGAAAAAAGGGCAUGUUUUAAGAAAUUGCCUCGCAUCUUAAGUUUCAACACUAUGAGAUACACAUUUAAUAUGGUCACCAUGAUGAAGGAGAAAGUCAACACACACUUCUCAUUCCCUUUACGUUUGGAUAUGACACCUUACACAGAAGAUUUUCUCAUGGGAAAGAAUGACAGAAAAGAAGGUUUUAAGGACGACGGUGAAUAUUUAAAAGAAACUGAAAGUUACGAGUACGAUUUGAUAGGCGUGACAGUUCAUACAGGAACAGCAGAUGGUGGUCACUACUACAGUUUUAUCAGAGAUAUAGUCAAUCCCCAUGCUUACAAAAACAACAAAUGGUAUCUUUUCAAUGAUGCUGAAGUAAAACCAUUUGAUUCUGCUCAGCUUGCUUCUGAAUGUUUUGGUGGAGAAAUGACUACCAAGACAUAUGAUUCUGUCACUGAUAAAUUUAUGGAUUUCUCCUUUGAAAAGACACAUAGUGCGUACAUGCUGUUUUAUAAACGGAUGGAACCAGAGGAGGAAAAUGGCAAAGACUACAAGUUUGAUGUUUCAUCAGAGUUGCUGGAGUGGAUAUGGCAUGAUAACAUGCAGUUUCUUCAAGACAAGAACAUUUUUGAACAUACAUAUUUUGGGUUUAUGUGGCAGUUGUGUAGUAGCAUUCCAAGCACAUUACCAGAUCCAAAAGCAGUCUCCCUAAUGACAGCAAAGUUAAGCACUUCCUUUGUUCUGGAGACAUUUAUCCAUUCAAAAGAAAAGCCCACAAUGCUUCAGUGGAUUGAACUGUUAACAAAACAGUUUAAUAACAGUCAGGCAGCUUGUGAGUGGUUUUUGGAUCGGAUGGCUGAUGAUGAUUGGUGGCCAAUGCAGAUUCUAAUCAAGUGUCCCAAUCAAAUUGUGAGGCAGAUGUUCCAGCGCUUGUGUAUUCAUGUGAUACAGAGACUGAGGCCAGUGCAUGCACAUCUGUAUCUGCAACCAGGAAUGGAAGACUGUUCGGAUGACAUGGAUGGUCCUGUGGAAGAUAUUGGUAGCCGCUCAUGUGUAACUCGCUUCGUGAAGACGCUCUUGUCAAUUAUGGAGCAUGGUGUUAAACCUCACAGUAAACAUCUCACAGAAUACUUUGCAUUUCUUUAUGAAUUUGCCAAAAUGGGAGAAGAAGAGAGUCAGUUCUUGCUUUCAUUGCAAGCCAUAUCAACAAUGGUCCAUUUCUACAUGGGAACUAAAGGACCUGAAAACCCGCAAGUUGAAGUGCUAUCUGAAGAGGAAGGAGAGGAGGAGGAGGAGGAGGAAGACAUUCUUUCAUUAGCAGAAGAAAAAUACAGGCCUGCUGCACUUGAAAAGAUGAUUGCCCUCAUUGCUCUUCUGGUUGAACAGUCUCGCUCAGAAAGGCACUUGACUUUGUCACAAAACGACAUGGCAGCAUUAACAGGAGGGAAGGGUUUUCCUUUCUUGUUUCAACAUAUCCGUGAUGGCAUCAAUAUCAGGCAAACCUGCAAUCUCAUUUUCAGCCUGUGUCGGUACAAUAAUCGACUUGCCGAACACAUUGUGUCCAUGCUUUUCACAUCUAUAGCAAAGUUGACUCCUGAGGCAGCCAAUCCUUUUUUCAAAUUGCUGACCAUGCUAAUGGAGUUUGCUGGCGGUCCUCCAGGAAUGCCACCCUUUGCUUCUUACAUCCUGCAGAGGAUAUGGGAGGUGAUUGAAUACAAUCCAUCUCAGUGCUUGGAUUGGCUGGCAGUGCAGACACCUCGAAAUAAACUAGCCCACAGUUGGGUGCUGCAAAAUAUGGAGAACUGGGUUGAACGUUUUCUUUUGGCACACAAUUAUCCUAGAGUGAGAACUUCUGCAGCCUACCUUUUGGUGUCACUUAUUCCAAGCAAUUCAUUCCGUCAGAUGUUCCGAUCAACUCGAUCCUUGCAUAUCCCUACACGUGACCUGCCUCUCAGUCCAGAUACUACAGUAGUUCUUCAUCAAGUCUACAAUGUACUUCUUGGCCUGCUUUCAAGAGCAAAACUGUAUGUUGAUGCUGCUGUUCACGGCACUACUAAACUGGUGCCCUACUUUAGUUUCAUGACUUACUGUUUAAUCUCAAAAACUGAGAAACUUAUGUUUUCCACUUAUUUCAUGGACUUGUGGAACCUUUUCCAGCCUAAACUUUCUGAGCCAGCUAUAGCCACCAACCACAAUAAACAGGCUUUGCUCUCUUUUUGGUAUAACGUAUGUGUUGACUGCCCAGAGAAUGUACGCCUUAUUGUACAGAAUCCUGUGGUGACAAAGAACAUUGCCUUCAAUUACAUCCUAGCAGACCAUGAUGAUCAGGAUGUGGUGCUCUUUAACCGUGGGAUGCUGCCUGCCUAUUAUGGCAUUCUGCGGUUAUGCUGCGAACAGUCACCUGCAUUCACAAGACAGCUGGCUUCUCAUCAGAAUAUCCAGUGGGCCUUUAAGAAUCUCACACCACAUGCCAGUCAAUACCCAGGAGCAGUAGAAGAGCUGUUUAACCUCAUGCAGCUGUUUGUAGCUCAGAGGCCAGAUAUGAGAGAAGAGGAGAUAGAAGACAUAAAGCAAUUUAAGAAAACAACCAUAAGCUGUUAUCUGCGCUGCUUAGAUGGACGGUCUUGUUGGACUACUUUAAUAAGUGCCUUCAGAAUAUUAUUAGAAUCUGAUGAAGACAGACUUCUUGUUGUGUUUAAUAGAGGCUUAAUCCUGAUGACUGAGUCCUUUAACACAUUGCACAUGAUGUAUCAUGAGGCCACAGCUUGUCAUGUGACUGGAGACCUGGUGGAACUUUUGUCAAUAUUCCUCUCGGUCCUUAAAUCAACACGUCCAUAUCUUCAGAGAAAAGAUGUGAAGCAAGCACUAAUCCAGUGGCAGGAGCGAAUUGAAUUUGCCCAUAAACUCUUAACUCUGCUAAAUUCUUACAGUCCUUCAGAACUUAGAAAUGCUUGCAUUGAUGUCCUCAAGGAGCUUGUGCUUUUAAGCCCUCAUGAUUUCCUGCACACUUUGGUUCCAUUUCUGCAGCACAACCAUUGUACAUACCACCACAGUAAUAUCCCAAUGUCUCUUGGACCUUAUUUCCCCUGUCGUGAAAAUCUGAAAUUAAUAGGAGGGAAAAGUAAUAUCCGUCCUCCUCGUCCUGAACUCAAUAUGUGCCUCUUGCCUACGAUGAUGGAAGCCAGCAAGGGUAAAGAUGAUGUUUAUGAUCGUAUGCUUCUAGACUACUUCUUUUCGUACCAUCAGUUCAUCCAUCUAUUAUGUCGAGUUGCAAUCAACUGUGAAAAGUUUACCGAAACUUUAGUUAAGAUGAGUGUCCUCGUUGCUUAUGAAGGUUUACCACUUCAUCUUGCAUUGUUUCCCAAACUUUGGACUGAGCUGUGCCAGACUCAGUCUGCUAUGUCAAAGAACUGUAUUAAACUCCUGUGUGAAGAUCCAGUUUUUGCAGAAUAUAUUAAAUGUAUUCUAAUGGAUGAAAGAACCUUUCUUAACAACAAUAUUGUGUACACAUUCUUGACGCACUUUCUUCUAAAGGUCCAGGGGCAGGUGUUUUCUGAAGCAAACUGUGCCAAUUUAAUCAAUACUCUGGUUACAAAUCUAAUAAAUCAAUAUCAAAGCCUAGAAUCCGAUUUCAGCAGCCAGCGAGUUGAAAUUUCCAAAGCAAGCUCUACCUUAAAUGGGGACCUUCGAGCACUUGCUUUGUUGCUUUCAGUGCACACCCCUAAGCAGCUGAAUUCGGCCCUGAUUCCAACUUUGCAAGAUCUGCUAAACAAAUGCAGGGCUUGUCAACAACAGAGGAACUCAUUACAAGAGCAAGAAGCCAAAGAAAGAAAAACUAAAGAUGAUGAAGGAGCUACUCCUGUAAAAAGAAGACGGGUUAGCAGCGAUGAGGAGCAUACUGUAGACAGCUGCAUCAGUGAUAUGAAAACUGAACCAAGGGAGGCAUUGACUCCAACAAGCACUUCAGAUAAUGAGACAAGAGACUCUUCUAUCAUUGAUCCUGGCACUGAACAAGAUCCUCCUUCCCCUGAAAAUAGUUCUGUUAAAGAAUAUAGAAUGGAAGUUCCAUCUUCCUUUUCAGAAGACAUGAUGUUAACUACCAGGUCACAACACACAGAAGAGCAGUCAGGCAAUGGUAAAUUUGAAGAGUGCAAGGAAUUUAAAGAUCUGCAGAGUUCCAAGGAACCCAGUGCAGUUGAGGAUGACUCAGAGUUCCCCUCCACAUCAAUUUCAGCAGUUUUAUCUGACCUAGCAGAUCUAAGAGGCUGCGAUGGUCAAGCCUUACCAUCCCAGGACCCUGAAAAUAGUUUACCAAUCAGUUGUGGCCAUUCCAGAGGACUUUUUAGUCACAUGCAGCAGCAUGACAUUUUAGACAUCCUGUGUAGGACCAUUGAGUCUACGAUUCAUGUGGUCACAAGGAUAUCUGGCAAAGGAAACCAAGCUGCUUCUUGACAUUAGAUGGAGCAUGUCUGCUUUUAAGUCUUUUUUUUUUUUCCCCCCUCCCCCAAAAAAUGCUGUUUGUAUAAGUUUUGCUUAUUUCUGUUUUGUGCUUCAGUUUGUCCAGUGCUCUCUGCUUGAAUGGCAAGAUAGAUUUAUAUGCUUAAUUCUUGGUCAGGCAGAACUCCAGAUUAAAACAUUUUUUGCAUCUACCGUACUUUUCUUAAAGGGCAAUCAGAUAAUGGAUAUGUUUUAUGUAAUUAAGAGUUCACUGUAGUGGCUUUCAUUUAAUAUGGCUGUAUGGGAGAACAGGGCCUCCUUGCCCUGUAUGAUGUAAUUUAAACUUAUGGCAUUUUUACUGUGUAUAAUAUGGUGUCCUCUGUGCCAGUUUUGUACCUUAUAAUAGAGGCAGAUUGCCUCCGAUCGCUGUGGUUCUUAUUAUCAAAAUUAAGUUUACUUGUAUACUAAACAACCACAAGAAAUUUGAUUCUGUAAAGAAUCCUCUUUAGCUGUGGCCUGGCAGUAUCUAUAUGGUGCUUUAUUUAACAGAAUACCUGUGGAGGAAAUAAAGCACACUUGAUGUAAAAUUAAUUGUUUUAUUUUUAUUGACAUGAUCAAUCGCUAUUCUGUGCACUUCAUUAAACUGAUUGUGAUGACUU